AUGCACCGCAGACUCUCCUUCGCCGCCGCCGUCUUGGCCACGGCCACGGCUGUCCGGGCCGGCUCGCUCAGAGACGUCAAGCACAUUGUGCUGUUUAUGCAGGAGAACCGCGCCUUUGACCAUUAUUUCGGCACCAUGGCCGGUGUUCGCGGCUUUGGCGACCCGAAUGUGCAAGUCAACCGAGACGGGCGGUCUACAUUCGAGCAACCCAUUUCCCCCCAGAACGGCGUCGACAUCCUCAAGCCUUGGCACAUCAACCACCUCGGCGGCGAGUGGCUCGAGGCAACGCAAUGCAUGGGCGCCGGCGACAACGGCUGGGCCACGAUGCACGCGGCCUACAACGGCGGGCUCGGCAACAACUGGGCGCAGGCCGACGGGCCCUACAGCCUGGGCUACUUUACGCGCGCCGACAUUCCCACGCACUUUGACAUUGCCGAGGGCUGGACCGUGGCCGACAUGGCCUCCCAGAGCAUCCUGGCCGCCACGGACCCGAACCGCAUCACCUGGAUGAGCGGCUCCGUCAACAUCCCCGGCUCGCCCACCAACCCGGACGGCACCGGCGGCAUGAUUAUCGACAACAGCGCUUCGCCGGGCUGCGAGGCGCCGGGCCUCAACUGCUUCCCCUUUGUGUGGAAGACGUUCCCCGAGUAUCUAGAAGCGGCCGGCAUCUCCUGGCAGGUGUGGCAGGACAUGGACAACUUUGAGGACAACAUGCUGGCCUACUUUGAGCAGUACCAGACGGCGAAAAACGGCUCCGCGCUCCGCACCAGGGGCAACUCGUACCCGGGGCUCGACGCCUUUUACGACGCCGCGGCCAAGGGCACGCUGCCGCAGGUGAGUUGGAUCGUCGGCCCGCAGGAGCAGAGCGAACACGCGCCCAACCUGCCCAAGGACGGCGCCUGGCUGCAAAAGAAGGUGGUGGACGCCAUCACCCAGAGCCCGGCGUACAACGAGACGGUUCUGGUCAUAAGCUAUGACGAGCAGGGCGGCUGGGCCGACCACGUCGUUCCGGUUGUUGCGCCCAAGGGCACGCCCGGCGAGUGGCUCAAGGAUCCGUACAACCAGUUCGGGGACGUCCCUCUGGGACCAGGCUGGCGAACGCCCCGGUUCAUCAUCUCGCCCUGGACGCGAGGCGGCAACGUCUUCACCGAGUUUACAGACCACACCUCGGACAUUCAGUUUGUCGAGGCCUGGGCCGCCGCCCACGGCUACAAAGACGUGCGGACCAAGGCGCUGACGCAAUGGCGCCGCGACCACAUGUCGAAUCUGGUGAAUGCCUUUGACUUUGACCAUCCCGACCUGUCCACCCCCCGCAUCACCGCGGUAGACACGCCGGAAUCCCUCCCCGACGACGGCUCCCACUGGAGCGGAAACCUUAGUCUUGGUUCCCUCACCGGGCCGUGGGUCGGCGCGGCCAAGUGCCUCCAGGACCACCGGAGCACCAAGCCCCCGAUCCCGUACGGCAAGGAGAACGCCGGCCAGGACAUGGCGCAGCUCGUCGAGGACGGCUUCAAGCGGGUGCGCGGCCAGCUCACCGAGGGCCGUUACCUGACGUUUGAAACGCUCGGCCUCGCGCUCGCCAGCUACGCCGGCAUCGUCGUCAGCUUCGCGCCCGCGACGCGCAACCACAGCGACCCCCGCCAGCGCUGGAUUGUCCACGCCGUCGGCACCGGCACCGAGUUUACCAUCCAGUCCGCCGCGGACAAGAAGUACAUUGCCGGCACGCCCGUCGGCCUGCUGACAUCCGACGUCGGCAGCGCGCAGGCCUUUCGCAUCACGUAUAACCCCAGAGGGGCCAAGUACCGCCUCAGCCUGGCCAACAAGCCGGCCUCUUCGUUUGUGGCGCCGAAUCAAAAGAGUAGGCGGCGCGCGGCCAACGGCACCGUGUCGGCGGCGGCGGCUGUGGACUGGGAGGCAAGGUUUGGCGAGUUUAGCAUUUAUAGCGUUUCCUAUCGCUCGUAG